AUGUCAUUCGAUCACCACUCUUCGAGACUCCACUCACUUCACUCUUCGCUACUGCCUUCCCUCUGUGACGCCAGCACUCCUGCAGCUUCCAGCUCGCUCCUUCAGCUCAUUCCUGCACCUUCCAGCACUACUGCAGCUUCCAGCUCACUCCUGCAGCUUCCAGCUCUCUCCUGCAGCCUUCAGCUAACUCUUACGGCUUCCAGCACUCCUACCGCUUCCAGCUCACUCCUGCAGUUUACAGCUCACCCCUGGGGCCCGGCAACAUUAGACUCCCUCACUCUUGGAGGCAGGCUGGUCAGUAGCUUACUGCUAGAGUUGACAGUGUCGGCAGUGAACACUGUCAGCCUAGCCUACUUUAAAGCAGACCCAGCUUUAUUUUUCACACAGUUAGAGUUGGAGUGCGAACUGAGAGGAAUUACCUCUCAGAAAACAAAAUUUAAUUUAGCAGUCUCCAAGUUGCCUCUUGAAGCUGUCCAAGAGGUGAGAGAAAUUAUUAUCUCUCCGCCGAAAGACAAGCCAUAUUACAAGUUAAAAGAGGAACUUGUUUGGAGGACGUCUAUGUCACGGCAAAAGAAAUUGUCACAGCUUUUGCAUGAGGAACAAUUGGGAGAUAGCAAGUCGUCACAAUUUUUACAUCAUUUGCAGCAUCUAGCUGGAGAAGGUAAUGAGGAUGGCAUUAUACGUCAUAUUUUUCUCCAGCAUUUGCCCUCCGCGUAUCACGCUGUUUUAGCCACAGUGGGUAAAGAUGCAUCCGUUGAAAAGCUGGCUAAAAUAGUAGAUAAUGUAGCUGACCUAACCUCGGGAUGCACUGCUCCCGUUUCUGCCAUACAGACGGAAGAGCCAGAUCCGCUGGCUAGACUCUUGGAGGCACAACGAAGGUUAGAGGCUAGGAUGGAAGACUUAGAGAGACGGUUGUAG